CUCACCUGGCAGUUCCCUCUCUGUCUUUAUUCAUCUCAUUCGGCAGCAGAAUUCGUGAUGUCUUCCAGUCGUCAGAUCCGCGAGUUCCCCUCUCCAGCAGAGCUUGCGCUCUCUCUGUCACAGCUCCUGGUCCAUGAAUCCCGGGGGAAGAGUAACUUCAGCCUGGGACUGUCUGGAGGGAGUCUGGUACAGCUGCUCAGCCGGGAAUUGCCCAGAACAGCCGGACUCAAUACAGAGGGCUGGAAGGUGGCCAUGUGUGACGAGAGGCUUGUUGCCUUCACGGAUUCUGAGAGCACGUAUGGAGAGUAUCUGCGUCAGCUUGUUCCUCAUGGAAUACUUUCAGAAUCUCAGUUCAUCACCAUUGACCCGUCUCUGUCUGUGGAAGAUGCAGCAGCCGACUAUACCAAGAAGCUGCGAGAGAUCUUCCCAGGCAAUGAUCUUCCCACCUUUGACAUGCUGAUUUUAGGAUUGGGCCCAGAUGGACACACAGCAUCCCUGUUUCCAGGACACCCCUUGUUACAAGUAACAGAUCAGAUUGUGGCUCCGAUCCACGACUCUCCCAAGCCGCCUCCGCAGAGAAUUACUCUCACUCUCCCGGUUAUCAAUGCAGCUAAGACUGUGGUGUUUGUUGCCACUGGAGAGAGCAAAGCCACUGUCCUGAAAGUAAGUUGUUUGAACUCUUCUACUACUCUUUCCUUCUUAAAGUACUUACCUGGUGCAUGGCCUAGAUGCAGCUUUAUAAGUAGUAGAAAAAUAAGCUCUGUUGUUGCAUGGUGA